AUGUCGCCUCCAUCCCACACGGGAGGCAGAAGGACACCGCCGAGGACCUUCCCCGUAGUCCCCACGUUGGCGUCGACCACCCCGGAGCUGAUCCAGUUUGGUUUUUCUGCCCCAGGAAUGGCUCAUGACGGGCGCGGGGCCUUCAGCUUCAUCCCCAUCUUCAUCCUCGCAGCCGGAGUGGUGUUGACCGCCCUGCCGCCGGCGCGAGCUCAGGUGAAGGGCAACGAAGGCAACGAGCUGCCGGAGGAGGACGAGUCCCGGAUCAUCGGUGGGAAACCCUGCUCCAUCAACCAACGACCUUUCCAAGUUGCCCUUAUCAAGAGGGGUCAAAUUCUCUGCGGGGGAAGCUUGAUAGAUGCCCAAUGGGUCUUGACAGCCGCUCACUGCAGGCAGCCAAUCAGGGACCUUAGGGUGUUAAUCGGGACGGACACGUUACGGGACGGAACGGGGCAAGUGAGGUUGAUUUCAAAGCUCCAGGUCCAUCCAGCCUACAACCCCCGCAAGAACGACAACGACUUCAUGCUCCUGAGGUUGAACAAACCCGUUCAGUUCAGCAACAGCAUCAAGAAGAUCCGAUUAGCUACGAGGUGUCCCAUGGACGGGAUGAGGUGCAGCGUCUCUGGUUGGGGCACGACCAAGUCCCCUGGAGCGUAUCUGCCCAAAAAUUUGCAGUGCGCCGCCAUCCAAACCUUUGGGAAGGACAAAUGCGCCAGAGCCUACGGGAACGCCAUCACCCCCAACAUGUUCUGCGCCGGCGUGCCCCAGGGGGGCAUCGAUUCCUGCCAGGGUGACUCGGGGGGUCCGCUGGUGUGCGGGGACGAGCUGCAGGGCAUCGUGUCGUGGGGCAUGCAGGUGUGCGGGCAGGAGGGCAAGCCGGGCGUCUACACCCGCGUCUGCGAGUUCACCGCUUGGAUCCACGACACCAUGAGGAGGAACAGCCAUCUCUGA